AUGUCACAGCCAACAGAGGAUGACUUAACACCUACCAUGUCCACUCCACAGUCCAUGGAGCAAGAGCAAGAGCUUACAGACACAUGUGAAGGGGUGACAACAAGAGAACACAGAACCUUGUCCGAAAAAGGAUUGAUACACAACACAGACGACAGUGCACGCGAACAGGCAGGUCUUACGCUCAUUAAAGCCACAUAUGCUCAACGUGUAGAACAAUUUGUUAAGAAAAUGGAUAGUGUUCACAGAGUUCGCGAACCAAAAACAAAAUCCAACAGCUUUAAAUCUGCAAGAUCUUCAAGCAAGUCAUCAAGUGUGGCAUUUCUCCUCGGACGACAACGAGCUAAGCGAGAAGCAGCCAAAGUAAAACUUAUGUUUGCAGAACAAGAAGCUAUGUUAAAGGCAAAGAUGGACGUUCUGUCAGUCAGAAAAGAAGCUGCUGUAGCCGAUGCGGAGUACCUUGGAAUGAAAGAGGAAUUAGAUCUCUGGGAUGAAGACUCCGUGUGUGAUGAUAACAACAACAGUGAUAUUCUCACCAAAUACUUUUGUUCUCAACUUAUGGAGAAUGACAACACCGACACACAAACAGGAAGUGUUCCUCCUGUGUUCAGUGUACAACAGCGUUCUAACAACACCAACACACAAACAGGAAGUGUUCCUCCUGUGUUCAGUGUACAACAGCGUUCUAACAAUACCGACACACAAACAGGAAGUGUUCCUCCUGUGUUCAGUGUACAACAGCGUUCUAACAAUACCGACACACAAACAGGAAGUGUUCCUCCUGUGUUCAGUGUACAACAGCGUUCUAACAAUACCGACACACAAACAGGAAGUGUUCCUCCUGUGUUCAGUGUACAACAGCACACUGACACCAAGACUGGUGCAACUACUAGGACGUGUACUAAGCGUGAAGAUCAAGUUAUGCCAUCCACGGAGCGAACUCGACCACCAAUCACAAGCUCGUUGAACGCAUAUGCUCCUACUUUUCAGCCAACAAACCAUAGUAGCCCUGCACAGCCGAAACUAUCACAAUCAUGGAAGGAUAGCUUUGAGGUACUUACCCAAGAAUUGAAUGCCAAUCCAAGAGAAGAACUGAAUUUACUGAUCCACUACCUGGGACCUGACUCUAGAAAACAUGCUGUGAGCAUACGAACUGCUAAUCUCAACAACCCACAGAAAGCUCUGGAGAAGUUGUGGAGUCGCUUGGAUGACCGAUAUGGAAGCCCAGUCCUACUUGAAUCAUCUAUAAAAUCAAGAUUGUCAGAAUUCCCAAAAUUGACCGGUAAGGACAGCAAGAAACUAUUUGAAUUGGCAGAUUUGUUAAGUGAAGUGCAGCUGCGGAUGGAGGAUCCUACCCUCAACCGAUCCCUUGCAUAUCUAGAUUCGUCCACUGGCAUGCGCCCAAUUGUUGCAAAACUUCCAAUUAACUUGCAGGAGAAGUGGACGACACGUGAAACCAAUUACAAUUUACAAAACGGGGUGACAUACCCACCAUUUACCUACCUUGUACAAUUCGUGACUGAAAUGAGCCGUAUCCGGAAUGAUCCCAGCUUUAAUUAUCAAGAAACAUGCGAAACCAGUACCAACUGUUCAAAUCGUUCAAACUUUGUGAAUGAUUUUCGACACAGAGACUCUUUUAAGAAAAACAAUGUUCAGGUGAAGAAAACAGCUGUAAACACAUCGCAAGAAGAUUCCAAUAUCAACAUGGGAAACAACUGUUUUUUACACGUGUCCCGGCAUAAGCUCAAUCAGUAUAAGACAUUCCAAAAGCUGACUCUUAACGAACGUAAGAAACUUCUGAAAGACUACAACUUCUGUUUUAAAUGUUGUGAUUCAACCACACACACUUAUACAGGUUGUAGUGCAUUUGUGAAAUGUGAUAUUUGUGGAAACAGAAAUCAUCCUGCAGCACUACACGUCAGUGACAUGUCCACCAAGAGACCAGGUGUUACACGUAGGUCACAUUAUGGCGGGGAGGAAUCCAACAAGUCAGACUCUACACCCAGAUCACAUUAUGACGGGGAGGAAUCCAGGACUAACCUGAGUUCAUGUUGUACAGAACUGUGUGGCAAAGACUUUACAGGGAGGUCUUGUUCCAAGACUAUUCUAGUCAGAGUAUAUCCCGUGAAUCAGCCUGAAAAAUCACUGAGUGUAUACGCAUUGAUAGACGAUCAGAGUACCCAUACACUUCCAAUGUCUUCAGUUACAACAUACUCGUUGAAGUCAUGUGCCGGCACCCUUCAACGAAGUGGGAGGCAGGCUUCUGGACUAGUGGUGGAGUCAAACAAUGGUUCCUGUAGAUUACUGCUGCCACGGGUUACAGAGUGCGAACAAAUUCCAGAGGAGGAAAGUGAAAUUCCAACACCAGAUAUUGUUAAAUUUCAUUCACACCUUAGUGGGGUAGAUAUUCCCCCGCUUAACCAAAAAGCACAAGUUCUACUGUUGAUUGGUCGAGAUCUACCAGAGGCUCACCACAUUGAAGAUCAACGUACAGGACCACGAGGAACUCCUUUUGCCCAGAAGCUAGCCCUGGGAUGGGUUCUCAUCGGAAACGUUUGUCUUGGAAACCUCCAUCCACCUGCUAGUGUACAUGUGAACGUCUUGAAGACGACUGUGCAUCAAAGUGGCAGAGUUAGUGUAUUCGACAAAUGUGAAUACAAUAUAUCACUCAAAUUAGAUGAUGAUCCCAUUUUCAGACGCCAAGCAAACGACAAUGAUUUAGGACAAUCUAUUGAAGAUAACCAAUUCAUUGAACUGAUGGAUAAAGCCUUCACCAAAAAUUCAACCGGAAAUUGGACUGCUCCGCUACCUUUCCGGGAAACCCGAGAAAUCUUGCCAAACAACAGAUCAAUGGCAUUGAAACGAGCACUCAUGCUUCAAGGGAGCCUUCGUCGAAACACAACAAAACAAGAACACUUUGUGAGUUUCAUGCAGGGCAUUUUUGACUCUGGUCAUGCCGAGAUGCGCCUCCUGUUCAACCCGGACAGGAGUGCUGACUUAAUGAAUCGUCUUGAUGGAGUGCUCAUGAGAUUCAGGAAGGAGCCCAUAGCCGUGAUUGCAGACAUUCAGCAAAUGUUUUUCCGUUUUCGUGUGGCAGAACCUCACCGAGAUUACCUCCGUUUCUUCUGGCAUCAAAACAACGACCCAGCGCAAGAACUUCUAGAGUACCGAAUGUGCGUUCAUGUGUUUGGCAACAGACCCUCCCCAGCAGUUGCCACAUACGGCCUUCGACAUUGUGUAAGAGAUGACUGUAGUGAAGUGGUGAAACAGUUUGUUACCAGAAAUUUUUACGUUGAUGAUGGUUUGGCAUCAUUUCCCAGUGUGAGUGAAGCAGUUAAUGUUCUAAAGCAAACACAGAAGACACUCCUGGAAGGUGGAAAUUUGAAACUCCACAAGAUUGCAUCGAAUAGUGAAGAAGUCAUGCAACAGUUUUCAACUGCAGAUCUAGCAAAAUCCAUGGAACAGCUUGAUCUAGAUCGAGAUGAUCUGCCUAUACACCACAGCUUAGGUUUGAGUUGGGACCUUGCUACAGAUACCUUCAUCUACAAAGCCUCGGAGGAGCUGAAGCCAUUCACCAAGAGAGGAUUGCUGUCAACUGUAAAUGGUUUAUUUGAUCCACUCGGCUUCAUUGCGCCCAUUAUUCUAAAUGGACGAUUCAUCAUGAGACAAGCUUUCACUGGGAUUGAAAGUUGGGAUGAUCCCUUACCUACAACUAUCAUGGGUGCAUGGAAACUUUGGUUAGAACAACUCAAAAGACUUAACGGUGUGCAUAUUCCACGGUGGCUACUUUCUGUAUCAUACCAAAUGUGCGUCCUCAAGACACUUCACAUCUUUUGCGAUGCCUCUGAAAAGGCAGUGAGUGCCUGUGCCUACCUUCGGGGUGUGACUUCAGAGAAGAUAUCCGUAGGUUUCGUAUUUGGGAAAUGUAAAGUUGCACCAAAAAGUCGACAUACGAUUCCAAGAUUGGAGCUUUGUGCGGCAGUCCUAGCUGUAGAGCUUGGGGAGAUGCUAUCUAGGGAGCUCGACCUUCCUUUAGAGGACAUCAAGUAUUACUCUGACAGCAAAGUGGUACUGGGGUAUCUAUCCAAUGAACGCAGACGGUUCUAUGUUUAUGUAUGCAACCGUGUAUCCAGGAUACGAAAGAGUUCCUCUCCACAUCAGUGGAAUUAUGUAGCUACAGAAGAAAACCCGGCGGACCAGGGAACUCGUGGACUUUUGCCAGAACAACUUUGUGAUAGUUUAUGGUUAAAUGGGCCAGACUUCCUCAGAGGAAACUUAAGAAAUCACAAUAAUGAGAAGUUCUUUUUGGUAGAUCCAGAUAAAGAUACAGAGAUACGGGCAGAGAUAGUGACUCUAAAGACCAUAUCAUCCAAGUCAACUUUAGGCAUUUCUCGCUUUAACCGCUUUGGGAGUUGGUCGAGUCUAGUGCGUGCCAUAACACUUAUCAAGAGAAGACUCAGUAAGAAAGGAAAUGAAAUAUCUCGUCUAGAUUCAGAAUUGUUGAUCAUCAAAGAGACUCAAAAACAGUUUUAUCAGAAAGAAAUAAAUGCAUUACAUGCUGGUAGACCACUGCCAAGAGACAGCACAAUUCUAGCUUUGUCUCCAUACCUAGAUGAUGGCUUGCUGCGAGUUGGUGGACGUAUCAAUUUAUGUGACUUACCUGUCUGUGAAAAGACACCUAUCCUGAUACCUGGCCAGAGUCAUAUCGCUCGGUUAUUAGUUCGCCAUCAUCAUGAGAAAAUUUACCAUCAAGGGCGUCAUCAUACAGAAGGUGCUAUAAGGAGUGAAGGACUAUGGAUUACUGGAGGGAAACACCUAGUGUCAUCUAUCAUUCAUCAUUGUGUUACGUGCCGCAAGAUGAGAGGAAAGCCACUUAAUCAGAAGAUGGCAGAUCUUCCUAAAGACCGACUCACAAAGUCACCACCCUUCACCUUUGUAGGGGUAGAUGUGUUUGGACCCUGGACUAUCAUCACAAGACGUACAAGAGGGGGCAGCGCACAUUCAAAACGCUGGGCUGUAUUAUUCACUUGUCUGUACAGCAGAGCGGUCCACAUUGAGGUCAUUGAGGAAAUGACCUCUUCCUCAUUCAUAACGCCAUGA